AUGGUUGGGUGUGUAUAUAUAGAGAAAGUUACUCGACAGCUGAUAGAGAUGAAAAAUCUUUUUGUUCUUAAUGUGAAAGAAUGGAAAAAGCCUGCGAUUACAUUUUUUGAGCCUAUGCAAAAAGAUCAUUAUAAAAAAAAGGAGAGUGGGUUUAAUCUCCUCCCAUCAAAAAUCCAAUAUGAUUUAAAGCUUAUCUCAAUUUCUUUCUUUCAAUCUUCUCAGGACUCACCAACAAAAGAUGAUGAUAUCGUUGAUGCAGUAUUGUUGUGCAAGAAAUUUUUGAUUCAUAGAAAUCUUCUCAACAAAACCGGCCGACUAGGCAAAACAGUAAUUAGAAACUCACAAAUUUUUAGAGAAAAUUCUGAAAAUAUACAAUUUUCCCAGAAUGACAGAAUAUCUUUUAAACUGAGUUCUAUAGUAUCUCCAAGG